CCAUAUCCCAUUGAGUCCUGAAGACAUCAUGAUGACGCUACUUAUCUCGCAAUUUCCAAAGUUCGCGGGCGCGUGAGAGGGAUUUGUAGCCCGUCAGGCAGUCAACAGUGAUGACGUCUUGCUCUCUGAUUGGUUGAUGGCUCCUGAGCCGCCAACACAGCCGGCUCCACCAACAACAACCAUGCCGAAGCGCCGUGGGAGAAGAAGCUCUGGUUGCCCACCAAGGGAGCAAGAUGACCCUACUACUACAUCAUCAUCUACAGCAAGUAGCCACUGUGAGCCAGGCCCGUCUACAUCCAGACAGACUCAUGCUACAGCAAGAUCCAGGAGAGCUUGUCCGGCCCAGGCACUUCUGGAUCUUCUCGAUGAAAGCGACUUCAGUGAUGAAGAUGAUGAUUGGCUUCCUGAAGCAGUGACGACUUCUGGAAGACGGAUUGGAUUAGAAGACACUGUCACUUCUUCAGAUUCUGAUUCUGAAGAGGAACUCCAGGAGAAUUUUGUUUCAACUUCAGCUGGUGACCAAAGGAGAUUCUAUUACUUAAGAAAUCAUGCCUUCAUUGAUCAUGCAACGCAAAAUGCGACUGAAAAUUCGGAACCUAGCAACCCACUGAAACCAAUUGAGUACUUCUUAGCUUAUGUCAAUAAAGAUUUUUUGGGUGAAAUGGCAAUGUACACAAAUAUGAAGUCAAUUGAAGCCACAGGAGUAUCUAUUAAUACAAAUUGUAGAGAAAUUGCUAUGUUCAUAGGUAUGAGCUUUGCCAUGUCUAUUGUAAAGAUGCCAAGGAUAAAAAUGUAUUGGCAGGCAAAAACUAGGAUCCCUUGGAUUGCUGACAAAAUGACAAGAGAUAGAUUUUCAAGCUCAGAAAUUCACUGAAAUUUCUUGAUGAUAAUACUGUAUCGGAAGAGAACAAGAAAAUUGACAGAUUAUGGAAAGUGAGACCUCUGUUGGAAGCAGUAAGACAGCGUUGCUGUGAGUUGCCAAGGCCAUCCAAAGUCAGUAUUGAUGAAAGCAUGAUUCCUUUUAGAGGUAGAAUCAGUAUCCGACAGCAUGUCCCAGGCAAACCUUACCCAGAUGGAUUGAAAAUGUUUGUGCUAGCUUCCCCAAGUGGAAUGGUAUUGGAUUUUGAGAUAUUUCAAACAAAGGAAGCAUUGUUAUCCAUUGUUGAAAAGUUGAGGGUUAAGCCUAACAGAACCAACAUCACAAUGGGGGAAACAGCUGUACUGAGAUUUGUGUGCAGUGUGGAGGAUGGCACAAGCAUCUUUUUUGACAGAUAUUUUACAAGCCCAAAUCUGUUGUGUGACCUGUAUGACAGAGGGCUUAGAGGGACAGGCACUAUUAAGAAAAACAUGGUACCCAAAGAGGCUAAGCAAAAAUUAAAGACGGAGGCAGCCUUACGCAAGGAGGGCAGAGGUGCAUCUGACUGCCAGGUAAGAAAUGAUAACAAAGUGGCUGUAACUGCUUGGUAUGAUAGGAAGAUGGUACUAAUGGCUUCAAAUGAGUUUUCCAUUGAUGAUGAAGAUGUAUGCCAACGUUGGUCUAAGGCAUCCAAAACCCACAUUGGUAUAAAGAGGCCCCGUGUGGUAAGGGAAUAUAACAGUGCCAUGGGCGGUGUUGAUGUUCAUGACCAAAUCCUCGGCUAUUACCGUAGUCCUAAUCGCACAAAGAAAUGGACUGUCAGAGUGGCAUUACAUUUACUUGAUGUUGUAACUGCCAACUCUUGGCUGGAAUAUAGGAAUGAUGUACAGUCCAAUUUCCAACAGUAUUUGGACUUCAAACUAAUCCUGGCAGACCAGUUAAUGUCAGGUGAUUUCCUAAAUGACUCUGCCACUAACGGUCAAGGUAGUACUACUGAUGGAAGUCUCUUGUCAACAGAUAUGAAUGAUUCAGAAACUGAACCUUCCCCAAAGGUAGCUAGACAGGGCUUGUCUCCUCUGCCAAGCAGAGCUGAAAGAAAAAGAAAUGCAGACCAUCUGCCUGUGAUCAUUGAUGACAAAAAUUCAUUCAGAAGAUGCCGUAGGGAAGGUUGUAGGAACAGAACCAGAACAUUCUGUUGUCGGUGUAAGGUGUUUCUCUGCAACUAUGCGAAAAGGAACUGCUUCUUCGAGUUUCAUGUGUAAAGGAUCUCAUUGUAGUUUUCAGGCUUAUGUCAAUUACUGUACCAUGUUAUGGAAAGUUUCUAAUAAAAACAGGAUUAUACAGAGGAAUUUUCUGCGCACAGAAGCGAUAUUCUUUUCAAUAGUCUAGUAACAAUGAGUAAACCAAUAAAAAUAGGUUUUGUAUCAUGUUACAGAUAGGAUAACUUCUUUAGCAAUAAAUGCAGGUUAUGCUAGUCUUGCUCUGCAGAAUAAGGUCAGGAAGAUAUUUAUUUUUGAUACCUAGGUACGUGUGUAUGUCUGUCACGAAUGGGUCAUCCCUCUUCCAGGGCGACAUGGCCUAUAUCAAUAGAAAGAUGAGCCUAAAAAGAAUUUAUACCAAUUACUGUACUAUGUUAUAGAAAUACUUUAUUUCAUAAAAACUAGAUUUUUAAAGAGGAAAUUUCUGCAUAAAUAAGUGAUUUUUUUCUAUACGUAGUUUUGUUCGGAAGAGUAAACUAAUGAAGAUU